ACGAGAGUCUUGUAGUUAUGCGACUAAAACAAAACGGAAAGAUAGAGACAUUUUAAGUGCACAACUCGCUUUUAACUGGAUUUCCUGAGCGAACAUGGAGAAAUUUGAAGGGUACCUCUUCACUGCUCUCUGCAGCACCAACUUUUUGAUAUCCUGCCUGCUGUUCUCCAGAGUCACCCGGGAGCAAAGGGAGCCGUACAUGGACGAGGUCUUUCACAUCCCACAAGCUCAGAAGUAUUGCCAUGGAAAAUUCAACGAGUGGGACCCCAUGAUCACCACCCUGCCCGGCCUUUACCUCGUCUCUGUGGGAGUGAUCAAGCCCGUGGUGUGGCUCGCUGAUCUGACCGGCCAGGUGGUGUGUUCCACCGCCAUGCUGCGCUUCGUCAACCUGUUGUUCAACUGCGGCAACCUCUACCUGCUCUAUCUGCUCAUCUGCAAGCUACACCUCAGGGAGAAGACACGGACGGCGUCCCGCAGAGUUCUCUCUGCGCUGUCUCUGUCCACCUUCCCUGUGCUCUACUUCUUCAACUUCCUCUACUACACUGACGCCGGGUCGACUUUCUUCAUCCUUUUCACCUACCUUAUGACGCUGUACAGCUGCCACAAGGCUUCGGCGCUUCUCGGCGUCUGCGCUGUGCUCUUUCGGCAGACCAACAUCAUCUGGGUUGCCUUCUGCGCAGGCACUUUGGUGGCCGCCAAAAUGGACGAAGCCUGGCGGCUGGAGCACACGAAGAAGAGGGAUGACAAGACUCCUCCCACCCAGGUCCCGCUGUCACUCGGCGGAGUUAAGAAAGUGACGCUCUUCACGCUGGAGUUCCUCACGUCGCCCGUUUAUAUGAAGGCGGUGCUGCUGGUGACCUGGCCUUAUGCGGUUGUCGGCGUGGGCUCCGUUGUGUUUGUGUUGCUGAAUGAUGGGAUAGUAGUGGGCGACAGGACGAGUCAUGAAGCCUGCCUUAACUUUCCCCAACUCUUCUACUUUUUCUCGUUCGCACUCUUCUUCUCCCUCCCCGUCUCCCUUUGUUACCACCGUGUGCUUCGCUUCUUCCAGGCUCUGAAAAAACAGCCCUUUUUCUUUCUCUUAGUCGCCGGCCUCUCCUUGCUCCUGGUGUGGAAGUUCACGUUUGUCCACAGGUACCUCCUCGCUGAUAACCGCCACUUCCCCUUCUAUGUGUGGAAAAGGCUUUUCCAGAGGCAUGAGCUGGUGCGUUUCCUCCUCGUCCCCGCCUACCUGUUCGCAGGGUGGAACUUCCUGGACUCCCUCAAGUCCCGCUCGCUGUUCUGGAGUCUGGCGUUGCUGGUGUGCCUCCUGGCUGCCACGGUGCCCCAGAAGCUGCUGGAGUUCAGGUACUUCAUCGUCCCCUACCUGAUGUACCGCCUGCACAUGCCGCUCCCCACUCUUCCCAGACUGGCGGUGGAGUUUCUUCUGUACACUGCUGUGAAUGCUGCCACACUCUACAUCUUCAUCAGUAAGGCUUUCCACUGGCCAGACAGCGCAGUCACUCAGAGGUUCAUGUGGUGAACAAAAGAGACAGUGGAUAGAAAUGAGUUCCUUGACUGUCAAAGAAAUUCUGGUGUCCAAAGAUUUGCCCAGCGUUACUGUCCAGUGAACAACGGCACAUGUGACAUCUAAGAAAUCAAAGAAAAGCCUUUUUUCCCCUUUUCUUAUUUUUUUUUAAGAGGUCAUUAUUCACUGCUUGUAAAGUGUUAACACAGGGAUUUGUCAGUUGACAACUGUUGGACAAGAGUCUGUCUAAAUGUUGGAUUGGGAAGGUUUUAAAGGUUCAUCACUGUAAAAAAAAAAAUAAUAAUUGUGCUGUACAUAAAAAAAAAAGAAAAAAAAAAAGUGGUUGAAAUCUUUGUCUGCAGGGAGGAAAGAAAAUUAAUCAAGUAGUGACUUUUCUUCAGGUUAACGUGGUUUAUGAUCACACACAUUUUUUUUGUAGUUCAAUUGUAAACACUGUACGCUCUUCUGUGAAUCUUAUCUCUUGACGAGUGUUAACUACAUACAUGAGCUGUAAAUAUAAUUCAGGAAACCAAACAAAAAUUUAAAAAGAGAGAGAGAGACAGCUAUGUUGUAAACUUAAUACAUUUUCUAUGCUUGGCAUGCUUUUUGCUUAGACUGAAAGUUUGGGAUUUGGAUGAACACGUGGGACCCAUAGAAUGAUUUGUAAUAAUGGAAUCAAGUUCAUGACAUGAUUGUGUGUUGUAUUUUUAAACAUAAAGCCAUAAACGCUCAUUGUAGGAGACUCAAAAGUCGAUUCUUUGUUAAUUGUGAAGGACACCACUAUGUGGUAUGAAGUGAUGUGAUCUUACCCUCUAUUUCUGUUCCCUUUUUGCUUUUUCAUCAUGCCAUGUUUGUGUGUGUUAUGCUGUGAAGUUAUGAGGACGAUUCCAAUACAGUCAGGACUUGAUUGUUGGUUAGGUUAUAGAUGCUUGAGGUUGAGUUGAGAAAUGUCAUUUGCACUUUGUGAGUACAGAUUGAUCUGACAUAUGAGGCACUAUUCACUCAUACGGGUGUUAAAAAGAUGUUGUUUUUUUUAUCUUUGUCUUUUUCCUAAAUCCUGCACUUGCUGUAUUGUUCAUCCGGCUGUAUACUGCUCCUCUUCUGCUAUACAGGCUUGUGCAAACAUUUCAAUAAAAUACAUACGAUAUGAA